AAUAAUCAAAAUUUUGAUAUCAACACAAUUAACAAUGCACAAGUGAUUCAAGUAACAAUACACACUAUCGAUAGAAUAAUUGAAUCACAUCGUAUGGUUUUGCUAGUAUUUUACACAGAUUGGUGUCGCUUUUCACAAUCAGUACUUGUAGUGUUCGAACAACUUGCAUCGAUUAUAUCUAAACAAUAUCCAGAUCCCGGGAUAGUAGUGUUGGGAAAGAUAAAUUGCAAUGAUGAAAAGAGACUAGUUAAUACUAAAGAAAACUUCAUAAUUGGUUAUUAUCCAACUAUAAAAGUUGCUUCGUAUGGUAAAGUUUUAAAACGUGAUUAUCGUGGUAGAAGAACUAUGGAAAACUUUGUGAAAUUGAUUGAAAAAUGUUUAGAAGAUCCUAAUUUUGAUUUACGGGACACUCAUUCAUGGCAAUGAUAAAAUAUUUUUUGUAAUACGUUUAUCGAAAGUUUAACUUUCCCGAGUAUGCCUUUCGAAUAUGAUAUCAUGAAUUUCCAGUGUAGAGUGCUGUAAUGGAGAGUAUACGAAGUUAUUCGGUGUAUAGCCAGUGAUGCCUAUGACGCGAGUGAUCCUGAGAACGCACAGUCGUUUUUUAUUAUAAUUAUAUCAUGGACAAUAACGGCUAAUAACGCUUAGUGUGAUAAAAAAAAACAACUUAAAAUAGUG